UUUCAUAGUUUUCAGAAGUAUGAUAGUGUGUAAGCGAUAGAGUUCCGCGUUGGUUAUAAAUAAAUAACUUCGAUUAUUAAAUAUAUCAAAUUUUUAUUUGGUAUAAAAAACCUUUAAAAAAAUACUAAAUAAUAUUAAGUAAUAUAUGCUCAAUAAACGUUUUGCGAAAUUGUGGAAACAAUUUCAUCAGAGCCGUAGUGGCAGCGGCGGUAUUUGACCAAAACAACACUGCUUACUCGACGCAAACAAAACAAAAGCAACAACACAUACAAGUAUGGGGCGACGCUGCUGCGUAGCUGGCUGCAAUUCAACAACACGUCUACCGGAGCACCACGGUGUCACUUACCAUUCGUUUCCAUUGGAUAGCACAAUCCGUUCGAUUUGGUUACGUAACAGCCGUUUCAGCAACGAGCGACAAAUAACAAAAAGCGUUUUGGUGUGCUCGCGCCAUUUCCGACGUGCCGAUUUUCAACCACAACGCAGUGGCAAAUAUCUUCUGAAGCCGCGUGUAUUUCCAACAGUUUUUCCAUGGGGCAGAGUAGACGCCGCGCAAAUAGAAGCUGAUCUUGAGACAGUGAAAAAGAUUAAGCCAUCGCAGCAUACAAAUGCGACCUCAGAUAGUGCACCAACCGCUGAAGAUGCUACCAAAGCAACCGUUGAGGCAACAGUGGCACAAAUUUUAAAGGAGACGGCCACACUUAAUGCCGCUGCAGCAGCAGAAAAUAAAAAUGUUUUAAACAAAGAUGAAAGUGCAAGUACAUUGGGCGCAGCUAUAAAAUUCGAACCGGUCACUGAAUUCGUUUCGGGAGCGCGCAUUGAAGCACAAGACUUUGAUGGUAACUGGCAUACCGCGCGUGUAGUUGAAGUUGACAAUGAUGAUCGUGAGGUGUUGAUUAAAUUUGAACGCACUGGGAAAAUCAAGUCUGCUGUUGUUGGUGCUGAAGAAUGGAUAUCAAUGAACUCCACGCGUUUACGUCAACGGGCAACAAGUAAACCAGUUCCAGUAUUUGAAUUGGAAGAAAAAUGUUUAGCACGUUGGUCUGGUCCGCGAAAAUUUCCGGGCACAAUCAAAAAAGUACUUGGCAAUAACGCCUAUGAGGUGUUGUUUGACGACGGUUAUGUCAAGAAUGUGCGAGCUGUGCAUAUGGUUAAAUUAGUAGCAAGUCCUGCCGUUGCUGAAAACGAUGUAAAAGCGAGACGUAGCGAGUUAGCUACAACUCAAACCAUUACAGCAACUUCGACACCAGUCAAAGCGUUGUCCACAGAUAAAAUAUCUAAAGAGGACCCAGCUGAGAAACCCGUCGAAGCAGUAAGACGCUCUACUUCUGCACAAGUUAAGGAUUGGCCACUACUUGAUAUGUCUAAAAUUGAUUUGGCUUCUCUUAACCUACCACAAAUACCGCGCGACGGUGAGUGGACCUGUCACUGGGUGAAUGAUCAACCAAUUGGACGUGAAGGUUUUCUAAUAGUAGGGGAACAUCGCAAGCCCACAGUAAUUGUAGACGAUUGGCGUUUGCCUUCUGGUUGGGUAAAGCACAUGUAUCAACGUUCGAAUUUAUUGGGCAAGUGGGAUGUCAUACUUGUCUCACCCAUCGGCAAGCGUUUCCGUUCGAAAGCGGAUUUGAAACAAUUUUUGGAAGAAAAAGGACAAGUUUAUAAUCCCGAUAUAUAUGAUUUCAGCAUACACAGACGUCGUGCUAAAGAUAUAAAUGCUUAUGCCUUUACGCCUGGUUACACACCUCAUCAACCAUACAAAACAAAAGUGAACACUUCAGCUAAUGCAAGUGCUAGCAACACUUCGGAUUUGUUGUCAACCUCCGUGACUACUCCAAGUGCUGCACAGUAUAUUGAAACACCGGUAGCUGGUGCAGCACCACCCGCUGAGCUACUUAACGCAACGGUUGAUAUAAAAUCGGAAACUGAAGAAAAAAAACCAGAUUUAUCUACACUAGGACUAAGUUCUGAUUCACCUAAAAGGAGCACAAUUUUGGAAGAUGGUUACGCUUACGUUGGUGGUUUAAAAGUGCAAAUUGUUGAUAAUCUAUUUCGUUGUCCUGAAGUGGGCUGUUCCAAGAACUUUCGAAAGGAAAACCAUUUACAAAUACAUAUCAAACAUUAUCAUCAAAAUUUAACAAAAUUAUUGGGUGCUUGCCCAAAAAUGCAGGAAUUAGCUGAGAAGCGUACACAUACACUACCAGAUCCCAAUGAGCCACAGCCUAAGAACCAAAUACCAAAUCAGGAGUUUUUUGCAAAAAUGCAUCAGCAGGACAUGCAAAAUUCACGUUCCAGAGGUAAGAGCUCGUUUCCUGAUUCACCUGAUUUGAUUGGAGAUAUUAAAAAGGAAACUACCAUGGACUUGAAGCAAGAAAUUAAAAAUGAAAUAUCUGAUACGGAAAACGUUACAUUGGGUUCGAUUAACAUGGAUACAACAAUCAAUACCACUGCAGAUAGUUCAAGUAUGUUGCCUUUAAGCUCUGCUGAUGACUCGGCUCUAAAUGUUUCGAAUACUUCAACAAAGCGUUCCCGUUUCUCACCAACCAAACGAGUUUCUGGUGCGCGUAAAAGUAACCGGCAACGUACUACGCGUCGUUAUUUGACAGCUGCUCAUAGCAGCGGUGCAACUAUUCCAUCUACUCCUGUUACGUCUGAUAAUCAUUUCGGAGUGUCGGAUUUCGAAGAAACUCGUCAUUCCUUUAAUGCAACUCCGGAUGCCAAAUUAUUAGAGACACGAAAACGCAAGAUCAUUGCCGCACCAGUUACGCCAAUUGAUUCGCCAAUAACUGCUGAUUCCGGUUCGUCUUCGAUUCAACAUAUAUCGGCAACGGAUCCUGAAGCUAUUAACCGUCCUGAAUAUAUCAAAGAAAAUGGACAGCUUAUUAAAAUUGUUCGCAUGCGUCAGGAGGAAAUUAUAAACUGUGUAUGUGGUUUUUAUGAAGAAGACGGUCUUAUGAUUCAGUGUGAACUGUGUCUUUGCUGGCAACAUGGUUCUUGUAAUGAAAUUUUCAAAGAAUCUGAAGUUCCAGAGAAAUAUAUUUGUUCUAUAUGCCGUAAUCCACAACGUGCGCGUGAAUCUAUGCUUUACAAACACGAUCAGGAUUGGUUGUAUGAAGGUAAACUACCCGUUGGCAAUUAUCACACUAACUCUGGAAGUAUACCAAAGCGCUUUGAUUAUCUUAAGUUAACACACACACUUACUGGUAAUUUGCUUGAGAUAAAGGAUUUUAUACAUUCCUUACGUCUUAAAACUAACGUGGCUGGGAAUCGUUGUCAUCCCAAGUUGUAUUUAUGGGCUAAUAAGUGGGAUGAUGUUAAAGGCGAUGCAGAAGGAAAGGUGAAUACUGAAACUAAGCCUGGGGAUGAUGACAAAAAUAAUAUUAAAGUUGUAGAAGGUUCAGUUAGUACCCCAGCUGUGGCAAAUAUACCAAACAUCCCACAGCCAGAGGCAGCGAUUGACACUGAUGAAUGUCAGCAAAGGUUAUUGGAACAUAUUAAGGUGCAACAAUCUAAUAUCGCUGCUCGCUUGGAUUUGAUUGAAGCAGACGUUGCUAGAAUUGAAAAAGAAGAUGAGCUUGAUGAGUUAAAGGGUUCCAAUAGUAAUUUUAAUAAAGAAAUACUAGCAACUUUCAUAAAAGAUAUGGAGGCUGUAAGACAACUUGCUAAAUUAAAUUGUUUGGAGCACAAGAAAAAAGCAGUGGCAGUAUUAAAUGCACGCCCUUUAUAAAUUAUUUAAAAACAACAAAUGCUGAAA